GCUGCUCCUGAGGCUGCAGCAGGCGGUCUCGGCCGGGCGCGCAGCGGCUGCGGGGGAAGUACAGAGACAACCAUGAUAGAAGACAAAGGUCCAAGAGUGGCCGACUACUUUGUAGUGGCAGGACUCACUGAUACUUCGACCUCUCUGGACCAAGAAGUAAACCGCUUUGAAACAAAGUCAGCUGGUCCAAAGGCUCCAAUUACAGACCUGGCUGUCAUCAUCAAGUCAGCUGGUGAAACAGUGCCUGAGGGUUACACCUGUGUUGAAGCCACCCCCACAGCCCUUCAAGCCAACUUGAACUAUGGGAGUCUUAAAAGUCCAGAGCUUUUUCUUUGCUACAAGAGGGGCCGGGACAAACCACCACUUACGGACGUUGGAGUUCUAUAUGAAGGGAAGGAACGUGUAAUUUUAGGCUGUGAGGUGAUCCAAGCUACUCCCUACGGUCGUUGUGCCAAUGUUAACAACAGUUCAGCUACUUCCCAACGAAUCUUUAUUACCUAUCGAAGGGCUUCUCCAGUACGGCCUCAGAAUUCCUUGGCUGUAACAGAUAUCUGUGUUAUUGUUACCAGCAAAGGAGAAACGCCUCCCCAUACGUUCUGCAAAGUUGAUAAGAACUUAAAUUGUGGCAUGUGGGGGUCCAGUGUGUACCUCUGUUAUAAGAAGUCUAUGCCGGCUUCUAACUCAAUAGCAUAUAAAGCUGGCUUAAUUUUCAGAUAUCCAGAGGAUGAUUAUGAGUCAUUCCCAUUGUCAGAAUCUGUACCUCUUUUCUGCCUUCCUAUGGGAGCCACUAUUGAAUGCUGGGAUCCUCAAACCAAAUACCCAUUACCAGUGUUUUCAACAUUUGUCCUGACUGGUUCUUCUGCAGAAAAGGUGUAUGGUGCUGCUAUUCAAUUUUAUGAGCCUUAUUCCCGGGAGCUGCUAACAGAAAAACAGUGUAUGCAGCUGGGUCUCCUGACAGCUGUGGAGAGAAAAGUGGUUACUUCCAAAUCCAUCAAUUCCAACACGUGCAUCUGCCUUCUCUCUCACUGGCCUUUCUUCGAAGCCUUUCGAAAAUUUCUUAUGUUCAUCUACAAGCUCUCUGUCUCUGGGCCUCAUCCUCUUCCAAUUGAAAAGCACAUAUCCCAUUUCAUGCACAAUAUACCUUUCCCUUCACCUCAAAGACCAAGAAUCCUUGUACAGCUUUCUGCCCAUGAUGCAUUAAUAUUGUCUCAACCAGUUUCUACACCCUUGCCACUCAGUGGAGCAAACUUCAGUACUUUGCUGAUGAAUCUUGGACCAGAAAACUGUGCUACUUUGUUACUCUUUGUAUUGCUAGAGGGCAAGAUCCUGCUGCACUCUCUGAGACCAGCUGUACUGACUGGAGUAGCCGAAGCUGUAGUCGCUAUGAUAUUUCCAUUUCAGUGGCAGUGUCCAUACAUCCCCCUGUGUCCUUUGUCUCUGGCAGCAGUGCUCAGUGCUCCUGUUCCAUUUAUAGUUGGAGUUGAUUCACGAUACUUUGAUCUGUAUGAUCCACCACAGGAUGUUGUUUGCAUUGACUUAGACACAAACAUGGUAUACCUAUCGGAUGAUAAGAAGAGCGUGAACUGGAAACAGCUUCCUAAGAAGCCAUGCAAAAGUCUACUCAGCACCUUAAGGAAAUUGCAUCCACAGCUGGCGUUGGUUCACAGAAAGACCCAAGAAGGCUCUGCAGUGGAGAUGACGCCUAUAGAGGCAGAUUUCUCCUGGCAGAAGAAGAUGACAGAACUUGAGAUGGAGAUCCAAGAGGCUUUUCUACGCUUCAUGGCGUCUAUUUUAAAGGGGUACAGAACAUUCCUCAAGCCAAUUACCCAGGCACCUUCAAAUAAAACUACUGCUGCUGAUUCCUUGUUUGACCUUCAAGGAUUUUUAAAAAGUAGAGACCGUGCCUACACAAAGUUCUACAUGCUUCUAACCAAAACACAGAUAUUUAGCCGCUUCAUAGAAGAGUGCAGUUUUGUGAGUGACAAGGAUACCAGCUUGGCAUUUUUUGAUGACUGCAUAGAAAAGCUUUUUCCUGAUAAAGGAACAGAAAAGGGAGAGAAGGUUGAUGUAGAUUCUGCAGAAGAUACACGGUUAAUUGAGCUUGAUGAGUCACAGAAGAGUGAACACACAGUGUUUAUAAUGCCACCAGAACCUCCCCCUGAUGAUGGACGGGCCCGAGCACCUAAGUACAGCUAUAAAAACUUCCCAAGACUAGAUUUUGAGCUCUUCGACAGGCCACAGGAGCUCAAGCUUUCAUUCAACAGGCACCCAGCUGGAGGUAACAUUUCAAAUAGUCCAGCACUCAUGGCAAAGAGGACAAAACAGGAGAUAAAAACUGCCCAUAAAUUAGCCAAGAAGUAUUACACAAACCCACCACUGUGGGCUAAGUGCCUCUUUAGUCACUGUUAUAGCCUAUGGUUCAUUUGUCUGCCAGCCUACAUCAGAGUUUCCCAUCCCAAAGUCAGAGCACUGCAACAGGCAUAUGACAUUCUUAUUAAAAUGAGGAAAACCGAUGUGGAACCACUAGAUGAGGUGUGCUAUAGAGUUGUAAUGCAGCUCUGUGGACUUUGUGGUCAUCCUGUUCAGGCUGUGAGAGUCCUGUUUGAAAUGAAAAAUGCUGGAGUACAGCCGAAUGCAAUCACCUAUGGUUAUUACAACAAGGCAGUUUUGGAAAGUCAUUGGCCUAGCAGUAACCGCAGUGGUAUCUUUCUGUGGACGAAGGUACAGAAUGUGGUCCGUGGUGUAGCACAAUUUAGGCAAUGCCUAAAAAAAGCAACAAGGAGCUCACAGGUGUCUGUGAUAUCAGCUCCUCGGAAUGCCACGGGUGGAAGUGAUGGGGACACGGUGAGCCAUGGUAGCGUGGAUAGUUCUAAUGAUGCUAACAGUGGGGAGCACACACUCUUCGUCAGAGACUUAGUCAGGCUUGAUUCCAUUGAUAAUCACUCUAGCACAGGGGGUCAGUCAGACCAAGGCUAUGGAUCCAAGGAUGAACUCAUAAGGGUUGAUGGAGAUAAUCUUCUUGCAGCUGAGACACUAGCAGAAAAAGAUUCUUCUUGUAAAAUGGAAGACCUAACAGGAGAGGUUGGUGGUACUGGUGAAAAGCAUCAGCAGAGUGCAGAACCUCAUAGUUCAGCAGAACCACCUGCUUGGGGAAGCAGUAUUGUGAAAGUUCCAUCUGGCAUUUUUGAUAGCACUGGCAGGAAAAACAGCAGUGGAACUGCAUCUAGCCCACUCUUUAUAACUCAGGAUCCAGUUGAAGAUUCAGUCUUUCAUGAUGCUUCUCCCAAGAAAACAGGUGAAAAAGGGCAGAAGAGACAAAAGCUCUUUUCAGAGAGGAGCUGCAGUUUUAGCACUGAAAGCAGAGCAGGUAUGCUGCUGAAGAAAGGCAGUUUGGACUUGAGCGCUAGUGAAAUAGCAAUAAUGAUGGGAGCAGAUGCCAAGAUCCUCACAGCAGCUUUAUCUGGGGCCAAAACUUCACCCCCUCACACUAGUAAAUCCAGUAGCUUUGACAGUAUGGGUGACCAGCAGGUCUCUGGGCUGAGUGGCACCAGGACUCAUGUGAGCGAAGGUGCUCAGGAACUAGAGCUUAAGUCUUCACCAGUGCUGGAGGAGCCUGAGGAAGGGCAAGAGCACCUUGAGAACGGAGGUGAGGACAGUGCAGCCAGAGCUGAGAAAGUUCAUGCCAAACUUCUGGAUGGUAAUCAGCCCCCAAACCAGAAAACAGAUGCCAGAGAUGCAAUGACUAAAAGGAAUAGCUUCUAUGGAGUGAUUAAGCCUGUUGAAAGGGAAGAUGUUGAAGUGGGCUUGGACCCUUUAUCUUUGCUGGCUACUGAGAGUAUAGAACCAAAACCCUCAGAGCCUGAAGAAAAGAUUGUGUCACCAGUUGUAGCACGUAAUCUGGCAGAUGAAAUAGAAAGCUAUAUGAAUCUAAAGAGCCCCCUGGGUAGCAAGUCUUCCAGCAUGGAGCUUCACAAGCAAGAGAGCAGAGAAGCAGCAGCCUCUAGUGCACUUAGUUGCUCCCAAGAGAGGAGAUCAAGCUUACCUUCAGAUUCUGUCCCACCAGCCCCAGAGAAGAGUGAAAAUCGGAAAAGUCCUUUAGUUUCCAGGUCUAAAACCUUUACGGGGCGACCAAAGCAACAAACCCAUUCACGAGUUCAAAAGGAGCGGCCUCCAUCAUUAAGGGCGUUGGGUCGCUCUUCACAGCAUGGCUCAUUGGGGUCUGUGGUAACAAGUUUAUCCAAUCUGAAGCUAGACAAUAUACUCUCUGGACCGAAAAUAGAUGUUCUGAAGUCUGGAAUGAAACAAGCAGCUAAUGUAGCCAGUAGGAUGUGGGGCUCUGUAACCUCACAAUAUAACUACUCGGAUGAUGAGGAAGAAACCCAUCGACCAGACUUCACCUUUCCUCCUGGUUUUGAAGAUCAUAUCUUAGGAGACAAUCUGUCACCAAAACCAGGAAUCCCUGGGUUGGUAACCAGUGAACUCACACAAAGCACUACCAGUCUUGGCAGCAGCAACAGCAGCGGAGAUGUAGGGAAACAGCACUACACAACAGGUGAGGUUUCGUUCCCAAGAAGUAUGAAAGGUCUGGAUUCUGAGAAGUCAGAACAUGGAUCCUCCCACAAUACCAGUUUGUCCAGCAUCUUCCAGAACUGUGCAAUGGAGGUCCUGAUGUCAAGCUGUUCUCAGUGCAGAGUUUGUGGAGCAUUGGUUUAUGAUGAAGAAAUUAUGGCUGGAUGGGCUGCAGAUGACUCUAACUUGAACACCACAUGUCCAUUUUGUAAAAACACCUUCUUACCUCUUCUUAAUGUGGAGUUUAAAGACUUGCGUGGAUCUGCGAGCUUUUUUCUGAAACAAAGUACAUCUGGAGAUAGUUUACAUAGUGGAAAUAUUCCAUUAACCACUGAUCCUCUGGAGCAGAAACCUGUGUCCAGUCCUGCUGUUGCUGAUUUGAUCAGUUUUUCAGAUCACCUAAAGUCCAACCAGACCAUAGCUGAAGAAACCAGCUCUGCAACUGAGCAAAGUGAUGUGCCAGAAGAACAGAGUGAGGGCCCCAGGGCUAUGAAGACGUCUGUUAUCAAUUCAUCAAAACGAGGAGCAUCUUUGACCCGGAGCCACAGUGUCGGAGGCCCUCUGCAAAAUAUUGAUUUCACACACAGACCAUCUCAUGGCAUUUCAACAGUUAGUCUUCCAAAUAGCUUGCAAGAAGUUGUGGAUCCUUUAGGGAAACGGCCCAAUCCUCUCCCUCUGUCUGUGCCCUACUUGAGCCCUCUGGUGCUACGUAAAGAGCUUGAAUCCUUGUUAGAGAAUGAGGGGGAACAAGUGAUUCAUACAUCCACAUUUAUCAACCAACAUCCCAUCAUUUUCUGGAACCUAGUUUGGUAUUUUCGGCGCUUGGAUCUACCUAGCAACUUGCCAGGACUCAUUCUGACAUCGGAACACUGUAAUGAUGGGGUGCAGCUUCCUUUGUCAUCUCUGUCUCAAGACAGUAAGUUAGUAUACAUCCAGCUACUGUGGGACAACAUCAACCUUCACCAAGAUCCUGGAGAGCCUCUAUAUAUAACUUGGAGAAAUCUCAAUUCAGUGGAGAAGAAAUCAUCCAUAGCUUCAGAAGAUCAGCAGGCAACAAGCACUUUAGUGGAGAACAUCAAACUGAGCAUUCAACACAACAAUGUUGUUGAACCCAUCAACCUCCUUCUGCAGAAAGUUAAACCAGACAUCAAACGACAAAGGAGUUUUUAUAGAGAAAUCCUUUUCCUGUCUUUGGUGUCUCUUGGGAGAGAGAACAUUGACAUUGAGGCCUUUGACAGUGAGUACAGACUUGCAUAUAAAAGUCUAACGACAGAGGUGCUUGAAAAAAUGCAGAAAAUAGAUGCACCGCCAAGCAGCAGUGUGGAGUGGUGCAGGAAAUGCUUUGGAGCACCUGUCAUAUAAAAAUGCGGGAAGAGGUGAUGGAACUUCAUGAAACAGAAAGAGGUGGGACAAAAACUGAGAAUAUGUAGAUUUGGAUUCAAGUUCCUAAAAGAAGACUAAAUCCAGCAAGUUGUAUC